UCAGCUGAUAUUUUUCAGUGUUUUGACGUUUGUCGAUGGCGACUUAAAUGUCAGUAAUAACAAAUCUCAAUUAUCGGAGUAUAAAAAAUAUCUUUGAGGCGUAGCUUCACUGUAUGUAUUUUGUUUCGAUAAUAUAAAAACAUCUUUCUGAAUUUAUUGUGAAAUUUCUUCAUUUACUCUAAAAAUUGCUCUCAAUUUAAGAACAAACAAACGCCAAAGUAUUUAUUAUAUUGGAUAAAUAAAAAAUUACUCAGUGGAUUGUUGUGUUGUACGUCUGAAAUCGGUAACAAUGCCUAUCUUAUACAGCGUAAUUUCGCGAGGACCAACAAUACUAGCCAAGUAUGCAACUUGUACUGGUAAUUUUGAGGAAGUGAUAGACAAAAUUCUACCAAAAAUACCGCCUCAAAAUGAUAAACUAACUUACUCACAAGGACCGUAUUUGUUUCAUUACAUUUGUGAGGAUAGAAUUAUUUACAUGUGUAUAACAGAUGAUGAUUUCCAAAGAUCAAGAGCGUUCUUAUUUUUAAACGAAAUAAAAAGAAGAUUUUUGGCGUCUUAUGGCCCCGGGAUUCAUACUGCUAUUGCUUAUUCAAUGAACACUGAAUUUUCACGAGUGUUGACUAAUGAAAUGAAACAUUACAGCGAAUCUAAAGAUAUUGACACACUAUCAAAAGUUCAUGGAGAAUUAGACGAACUCAAAGAUAUAAUGGUGCGAAAUAUAGAUAAUGUUGCUAUGAGAGGCGAACGACUGGAGUUACUUGUUAACAAAACUGAAAAUUUAACAAAUAAUUCUGUGACAUUCAGAAAGACAAGCAGAAACCUAGCCCGCUCUUUAUUCUGGAAGAAUGUUAAACUUUACGUAAUAGUUGGCGCUAUUUUGAUUGUCGUUGUCUACUUUAUCGUCUCAAUGUUUUGUGGCGGAUUGGCUUGGCAAAAAUGCGUCGGAAAUUAAAUAAAUUUCUUUUUUUUAUUUUUUUUUUCUUUGAAUAUUUAAAUAAAAUAACAAAUAUAUUUAUAUAUUAUUAUUAUUAUUACUAUUAAUAUAAAUAGAGUUUGAGGAAGAAAACGAUGAACAAAUAUAAAUAUUGAAAAUGUAUAUAUACGUGUAACCUAUGGCACAUUAUUCAGGUACUAUACAGCCACUUUAAUUUUUUACUGUAAUAAAUUUUAACUAUUAUUUAGAUUUACUGUUGUAGAUGAUAUUAAAUGACUAUUAUAUUAUACAUGUAUUUUAAAUUACAAAUAUAAUUAAUAAUUUUCAAUUUACAGCAUA